AUAUACAAUUUAGGCCAUGAUAGAGAAAAUAAAUCUGGACCCAAGUGAAGUUGGGGAUAUAGUUGUUGGUACUGUUUUGCCACCUGGUUCACAAAGAGCAACAGAGUGCAGAAUGGCAGCAAUCUAUGCUGGUUUUCCUGAAAAUGGGAUCAAUGGCAGAUGAAUUGUAUCCAUGUUGAACAAUUGGAUCCAUGUUGAACAAUCAUUGGUGAACACAGGAAAGGAAAGGGCAAAAGUCAGCCUUCUUUUUACAUGGGCGGAAGGCAAUGUUGCCAACCAGAGGGAACAUCUAAUUCUUCUCCUUGCCAAUAUUCACAUUCAGAAAGCUAAUAAGCAAUCUGUCUUGAAGAGUUAUACACAGUAUAUCCCUUUGCCAAUCAGUGACCUUGAUUCUUGGUUGAAGACACCCUCCAUAUAUGUUUUUGAUUGCUCUGCGGCUGGGGGAAUAUUCUUCAUGAUUGGGUUGCUUCUAGCUCCUCUGGAUCCACAAGGGAUUGCAUUUUACUUGGAGCUUGUGAAGCACAUGAGACUCUUCCACAAAGUGCUGAAUUUCCUGCAAAUGUGUUUACGUCUUGUCUCAUAA